AUGGCUGAUCACCCCAACAAGUUAGCCUUUGAAGAAGGUGCUCGUUACAUCUUCAACAACUGGACUGCUCUCAAACUCGCUGUUGAGCAAGACUGGGGAGGAGUUGAGUCUCCUGAAAAGAAAGAAUGGUUUAUUGACGUUGUUAUUGACUACUUUGGCAAGCAAGGAAAAAAGUUGGAUGUAGAUGAUAUUGAAGUUGUUUUGAGUCAAAUCAUGUCUGAUGAGUUUCAUGCAACAUUGGAAGAUGAUUCACCUUAUUUGGUUGCCAAGCAUUUGUACGAAUUGUUUAAUCAGUGUAUCCAUGGUAAUUAUGCAGAAGUAGAGCGUCUUCGUGAAAAGGCCAAGGUGCAGAACUCUUAUAUGGCUGCUUCAAGUAGCAUGAAGCAAGGAGAUGAUAGUGACAAUGAUGAUGAAGGUGAUGGUUCAUUAAAUGGCAAUGAUGAUGAUAAUGAAGAUGACGAUCAAAUGGAAGAAGCUCCUCAAGAACCUCUUGUAGAUGAAGAUGGCUGGGAAACUGUCCGCCGUAAAUAA